CACCGCGAAUUCUGUUAGAAUUGCCAUACUGAAAACCUUGCGGAUAUUUAUGCUGAAUUAAUAAUAUUAACAGCUGUUGCAACUAGAUUGUUUACACUAAAAAUAGAAUCGGCGAAAAUAUAUGAAAAAAUCAUGACAACUUGAGCUUAGUUUAAUGUUAAAAUAUUUUGAAUAAAAAACUUUCAUGGCUAAGACUGGACUAGCAACAAUAAAUUGGUUAUUUAUAUGCGGUCUAGCAUUUUGUUUAGGAGGUGCGGUGGUGCUCAGUUUAUUGCCAAUGGGACCGAUGGCAACUGAUUGCACUUGCCCUUUGAGUGGAGUUAAACCAGUUAUCAGCGAUAUCUUAAAAGGAACACCUGCCAAUCGGCAUCAGCAGUCUGCGCACAGUAUGGCUGUAUUAGUUCCCUUCAGAGACCGUUUUGAAGAGUUACUACAAUUCGUGCCACAUCUUACUAAAUUUCUAGAGCGCCAAGGUGUGGCUCAUCAUAUAUUUGUCUUAAAUCAAAUAGAUCGCUAUCGUUUUAACAGAGCUUCGCUCAUAAAUGUGGGUUUUCGCUUUACGAGUGCAGUAUAUGACUACAUAGCAAUGCAUGACGUUGAUUUACUGCCUCUCAAUGACGAAUUGCGGUAUGAAUAUCCAUCCGAUGCUGGACCUUUACACAUAGCAGCUCCAGAACUGCAUCCUAAAUAUCACUAUGAAAAUUUUGUAGGAGGCAUUCUUUUAGUAAGGACAGAUCAUUUUGAAGCCAUGAACGGUAUGUCGAAUAGAUAUUGGGGUUGGGGUCUAGAGGAUGAUGAGUUUUAUGUGCGUAUUCGUGACCAAGGAUUGCGAGUGAUCAGGCCAAAAAAUAUCACAACUGGCAGGAAUGAUACAUUUAGCCACAUACACAAUCGUUACCACCGCAAACGUGACACGCAAAAGUGUUUCAAUCAGAAGGAAGUCACACGCAAACGCGACCGUAAAACAGGUCUAAAGACAUUGAAGUACAGAAUUCCUAGUGUGCAUGCCAUGUCCAUAGAUGGCAUAAAUAUUACCAUUCUGAAUAUCGUUCUUGAAUGCGAUAUCAAUGAAACUCCUUGGUGCGACUGUUCAGGUACUCAAGCGUCUGCAGCAUCAAAUAAUUGAUAACAGUUGGUAUUUUUUUUGUAGUCGUUCCCUUUUAGGCAAUAAAUUGUUGAUUUUUUUUAAUGAAA